AUGGGAAGCCGCCCCACCCCUGGGCUCCAGAGAACCACAUCAGCUGGGUACCGAUUGCCUUCAACCAGGCCACCAGCCUUAGUCUCGUCCACUGCCCGAAGUGGCCCUGCGGCGGGCAGGGGCCCUGCGGGUGGCCCCCAGGCCCCAAAGGCCAAGGGGUCAGCCCUGGGAGCAGACGGUGUGCAGCAGGACCAGCUGUGGAGGGAGUGCCUAGAGGCCGAGAGGAGGAGCCAGCGGCGCUGGGCUCAGAAUUGGAGUUUCCUGAAAGACUAUGACCCCAUGGGCAACAAGAAGGAGCUGGUGAAGUUGCCAGAGUAUGUGCCUCUCUUCUCUGACACAGUCCCCAACUCCACGAACCAGGCCGUGGGCAGCAGGGUGGACACGCCCCUGGGGAAAACCCUCAUCAGCCUGGACUUCUUCUUCGUGGAAGGAGUCCGGAAGAAGAAGCUGGAAGACGAGCUGCAGCCUGUCUAG